UUCUCUAUAAACAUUUAUAUAACAGAGUUAUGAAACGGGUAAUAUUUUAUAUUAGUUGAACAACAUAUUGAUUUCCCUAUGAGCUAUACAAUAGAUUUCCAGAGUUAGACAACAUAUUUCCCCAUGUGCUAUGUAACAGGUAGAUUUCCCAUGUGUUAUAUAACGGGUAGCUUUCCUAUGAGUGAUAUAACAGAUACAUUUCCCAUGAGUGAUAUAACAGGCAGAUUUCCCAUGAGUGAUAUAACGGGUAGAUUUCCCAUGCGUUAUAUAACGGGUAGCUUUCCGAUGCGUUAUAUAACAGGUAGAUUUUCCAUGCGUGAUAUAACGGGUAGAUUUCCCAUGCGUUAUGUAACAGGUAGAUUUUCCAUGCGUUAUAUAACGGGUAUAUUUCCCAAGCGUUAUACAACGGGUAGAUCUCCCAUACGUUCUAUAACGGGUAGAUUUCCCACACGUUAUAUAACAGGUAGAUUUCUCAUGUGUUAUAUAACGGGUAGAUUUCUCUUGCGUUAUAUAACGGGUAGAUUUCCCAUGCGUUAUAAAACGGGUACCUUUUCAAUGCGUUAUAUAACAGGUAGAUUUUCCAUGCGUUAUAUAACGGAUAGAUUUUCGCUGUGAGUUAUACAACAUGUAUCCCCAUGACUUAUACAACAGGCAGAUUUCCCUAUGAGCACAUUAUCCUAUUAGUUACAAUUAGAAUGGUGAUUAUAUUUUCUCUAAAUAUACAAAACUUGAAGUAAAACCCUCGUUGAGCAACCUGAUUUGGAGACCAAAACCACUAGAUACCGAUAUUUUCUUUUUCAAAAGUAUUCUAUGAAUUAUUAAAAUUGAUUUUGUAAGUUAAUAGAUGAUAUAAUAAUUUUGUUACGUUUUACCGAUUUCGUGGCAACAUAUACAUUAUCAAAGGUGGGGAUAACGAACAGUAUUCAAUUCCGUAACUCCUAUAAGCAAUACAAAAAAUAGCGAGUUAAGGAAACAAGGACUCUUGGACACACCACAGACGGGAUCAGGUGUCUAGGAGGAGUAAGCAUCCCCUGUCGACCGGUCACACCCACCGUGAGCCCUAUCUCUUGCUCAGGUAAACGGAGUGAUCCGUAGUCAAAAUCACUGUGCCAAGAACAGCCCAACAAUCGGUAUGAAACAAGUGAGGCAGCAUUUGACCGAAUGAAAGCUUGUAUUGGCCAACUGCAUCGUUAUAACGACCAUAAAAUUUGCGAAAAGCUGACUUUAAACGAGACUGUUGAAACCCCUGCACCAUCAAUUUGUUUGUCAGUAGAUUUCCUCGAUUUUUAGUUUACCACUAAUAGCUAUCCAAGUAUGAAGCAGAUGUGGAAGACUCAUGGAGUUUUUCAUCUCGAGUUCACAGAGAUAUAUCAAAUCGACAUUCGAAUGAAAAUGGUUGUUUUGUCCUCAUCUAGAAAUUUUUGAAUUAAAGCUGACAUGAAUUAAUAAAUAUAUACUACUCAAAAUUUGAUAAGGAUCAUAGAUAUUUUUCUGUUUAGAAAUUUAAUAACUGCAUAACUGGCAAUAUUGUGUCCAAGCGAAAUAAAAAACGUCUUCAACAAACUCGCACGUGCAUUUCAUGCCAUGGGAAAUGCGUUGCUCAUCACAGUUUAUGCUUUUGCUACCAUUGCAUGAUUUUCACUCAGGCAUCGGUGUCUGAUUCUUUAUAAAAUUUUAAACUCACUUGAGUGUUUACACUACGUUUAUCAACACAAUGCUCCCUCAACGUGUAAGGCGUCGCCUGACGAUAGAACAACUGGGCAGAUGUAUUGGAAUGCCUGACGCUGGCUAUUCACAACAUGACGUUGCAAAUGCACUGAACGUCAGUCAGAGCGUUGUAAAUAUGGCCUGGAACCGACAGCAAAGUUUUGGUACAGCAGCACACCGACAUGGGGUGGUCGUCAGAGGUCGACAACCCAACGCCAAGACCAUUUGGUGGUUCUUCAGGCACGACGCCAUCCCUUCGGGACAGCAACCAGCGUACGUAACGAUCUCCUGAACGCCUCGGGGAUGAAUGUCUCCACUCAGACGAUACGGAAUCAGCUUCACAAUGCAGGUCUCAACUCGAGAAGGGCACCUGUUCGAGUCCCUCUGACUGUUCGACACCUGCGGGAGCGAUUGGACUGGGCUGAAGAUCAUGUCACUUGGACACAGAACGAUUGGGUUCAAGUUCUGUUCACAGAUGAGUCCGGGUAUUGUUUGGACUUUACAGACAGGAGGCACCGAGUGUGGCGACGACAACGUGAACGUUUCCAUGAUACCAACAUCAGUGAACAUGACUGUUAUGGUGGUGGUUCCAUCAUGGUCUGGAGUGGAAUCAGCAGGGAUGGAAGAACAGAUCUUCAUGUCACGGAGAGAGGAACAAUGCCGGGGGUGCGGUACCGGGAUGAGAUCCUCGAUGUUUACGUCAGACCCUACGCUGGUGCUGUUGGCCCUGAGUCCAUCCUGAUGGAUGCUGCAGGUUACCCUUUCACACCGUAGAGCACAACCCACGACUUUGGAAGAGCUCAGAAACGCCCUCGUGGAAGAGUGGAACAACCUUCCCAUUGGAAACAUCCGGGUGCUUAUUGACACCAUGUCUCGACGUUUUCAAGCCGUCAUUGAUGCAAGGGGAGGCCGGUAUUGGCACUUCAUCGACUAAGUGUAAUGAUGGACUAUCCCCAAAAACUCUGUAAUUCUUUCUCUGGGUUGCUGUUACCUUUUUGUAAUGAAAUGCGUUCUGGUGUUGUUAUCAGAUUUCAAGCAUUCCUUAUCGAUCAAAGUGUAUGCCGUUCAUGAAUUUUCAUUCAUAACCUGAGUAAACACAUUUCUGAGUCAAAUUUAUGUCUUUUGUUAUGUUAGUGGUAAAUUACACAAUUAUAACCUAGUGAUCCUUAUCAAAUUUUGAGUAGUAUAAUAUAAUUCUAUAAGUCCGCCAAAUUUCUUUGCUAAUCCGCCAUAUUAUUUGGAUAUUCUAUUGUUAUAUGUAUCGGGGUUCGCAUGGUAUAUAAGGGGAUGAGUAUCUACGCUUCACUUCAUAUCAGUGUCUUCGAUUUACCUGUGUGGGUAGCUUCGACAGGUAACACGUACAUCUCCGAUACUAAUUUAUAGGACAUCAAAACGAAAUGAAAUCAAGUUUUGGAACACCACGCAGUGCUAAAAUUUAUAAUAAGCAUAUCGCAUAGUAGUAAAUUAUUCUAGAGGUUUGGAUAAAUAAAUAUAGAAUGCCUUUUCUUUACGUGAAUGUUCGUACAUUUGCAGUAAAUAUGUCAAAACUAUACAAAAAAGUCGGAGAAAUAUUUCAUCUAUCAUCUAUUGAUAAAAUGGAAUAAGCAAAGGGUAUAAAAUUUAUAUCAUUCACACUUCAAGAAAAAAGCAAAUACAUAAAUACUACUUUACUUAUGCACGCGACAUGUAUGCUCGCCAUGAAAAUGCAUCGAAUGCGGACGAUUAUUUACCUGGGUCUACUCGUAACAUAUGUAAAGGAUCGCAGAUGUACGUGUACACUUGUCGAAAAUACUCAAAGUAGUAGUAAAACUCCCUUUAUUUGCAUAAUCCAUGAAACAAAACGAUAAACUUCAUUUGUAUUUGUACAGUAAAUGUCAUUGCCCAUUGUACGGACUGCGACACACUUAGCUCGUGCCGAUCAGCUAUCUUCGAUCAGGGGAAGUAUGAGAGUAUAAUAUUUACCCUGUAUUGUGCAUGAAUCUUUAUAUCACAUGGCUUACUGGUCAGAGUAUUGCAGAUUUAUAAAUCAGGAAAUUAUUUAGGUACAUAAAUUGUUUAUGCAUAUAUAAUUUGCAUAUAUAACACUGUACGAGUGCAUGGGAUGAGAGAGAGAGAGAGAGAGAGAGAGAGAGAGAGAGAGAGGUUUCAACCGGUGAUCUUGUAAUAAUCACGCUUUUAUCAAGACAAAUUAUAUCGUUAAUUCAAUAAAAUAGAACCGUAACUCAAUAUUGUUCUCAUUGAUAGAUAAUACAGAUUUAUUUUAUUCAUUUAAAGCACACAAUAAUUAAAGAUUAAACAUAUCUUUAGAUAAUGUUAUUUUCAAUUACUUCAUUUUAUGCUAAUUUGGCAUUCAAUAGAUUUUUUAUAUAUCUAUGCUAUUUUGCAUUAUUGCAUUCUGCGUUGAACUCGACGCAAAUUAAUUAUACUAAUGCAAAAUGCAAUAAUUGAGUUUAUCAUAUUAUGCGUCGCUAUCAAACACAUAGAAUCAAGGUGAGGGGACAAGAGUGACUAUCCCCCACCUUUAAUAACAAUAUCCAUUAUUUGUUAUUUUGUAAUGCAAAUAAAAGAUAUAUUGGGUGACAACCCCUCCCCCCACUUGACCCCAGCUUAAACGUUCUGAUAUAAUAGUAGAAGACACACACCACCACCAAUUAAGAAAAUGAAGAUAUUAUGAGGUACUCAUAGUAGAGGACUCUAACCACCCCAUCCCACCCCCAACGAUUGAAGAAAAUGAAGUGUAGGGGGAAAUUAUUGAGGCAGUCAAAGUAAAAGACUCGUUAACCCUUCACACCCACAUUAGGACUGAACAUCGGACCAAACAUCUUGGUUUUUUUUUUUAUUACUGUUUUCGUUCAUCUUUUUAAACUCUUAUUUCGAAAGGCAAGAAAUUUUGAAGAAUCCAUUUUUCCAAUUUAUUUCUUCCUGUUGUAUCCCUUCCAACAUGAAAAAUGACAAUACAUGUCUGGUUAUUACAUGUACAUUUUGCUUUGCAACAUAUGCAUGUAUACUGAUUGUAUGGUGUAGAAUUGCACCCUUUACCAAGUUUUCCUUCAUUUAUGCAGUGUAAGGAAUGGUAAACUAAAAUCACAAAACAAAAUGCAUAAAGACCAAGAAUUUUUUAAACGUAGGAACUUCAUUCACGAAUACAUAAAUACAUGUCUUCAGAAAAAUCGCAUGCAUGCAUUGCAGGACUAUAUCAUAUGUGUGUUUUAACGUUUCUAUAACAUGCCAUAAUGAUUACUUUCAGGCUUGAGUGUAAUUUAUUCAUAAAUAUUUUCAUUUCGUAGAUCUGGCGCAAUGGAUAUAUACUGAAAAUAUACAUACCUCUGUACGUCGAAAUUUCAAAUUCAAAUGUAUUCGAUAUAUAUAAGAUGUUAGUAUUCAUAAAUCAGUAAAAUUCGUGUCGAGGUUUUAUUUGAUAUGAUAGUGUCAAUAUACUGUAAUGCAUUAGUAAGAUAUGCAAAAGACAAGAUAAUAAACAUUUUCUUUUUUCAUUAUUAGUAUCAAUAUCUAUAUGAUCACGAAAAAACAUGAUAUAAUUUAUAUCCGGAUUCAUAUACCGAUUUAGAUAUCAAUAAAAACAAAGCUGCAUAGUUUGGGGAGGGGAUUCUAAUGGGUCUGAUGAAAUUAAAAGAAGGAACCCCAUAUUUACAUUCAAACUAGAUGUAUUUCAAAAUGAUUUCAUUUCUGCUCUUACUGAAAGCAUAUGCAUGAUUGUAAAGUCGGGAACGAAUCUUACAUACAAAAUAAUUAAUAGGGGAACACAUAAAUUCGAUUUCCUUUGGAAUUUAAUGAAAUGCAGGUAUGCCCAUUUCUUUUAACACGAAUGAAUAUGUUGUUUUAGGCACGUAUACAGGGGGUUGGGUGGGCAGGGAGGCUGGUCUGCUUUCCCCCACGUUUUUGACAAUUUACUUCUUUCCGUUAUUCUAACAUACAAAGUCAGUAUUUUCUACAUGCGCAGUUCAAAGCAAGGUGAAGACAACGAACAGUGAUUAAUCUCAUAACUCCUACAAGCAAUACAAAAUAGAUAGUUUGGCAAACAAAACUAUUAUUUUAAAUAUUGUAAUGAAUUCAAUUAUAAGCAUCAACUCCUGUAAGUUUCCAAUAUAUUGUAAUUCACAAAUUUUUAAAUAGCUGGAAAUUUUUAAUGCUUGUAAGCUUACAUUUAUAUCAGUAAUCGAUUUUCUUUCCUUCUGUGAAAUGAUAUAUUGUACGUACAAGUAAGACUCUCUCUCUCUCUCUCUCUCUCUCUCUCUCUCUCUCUCUCUCUCUCUCUCUCCUGUUAAAUCAAUGAAUAUGGACAUAUAUAGACCGUAAAUAAGUAUAUGGUCACCAAAGAGACAAUAAAAUUAUAUUUUCGUUUAUAUAUUUCCUUUUAUAUGUGUCUUUGUGUAAUCAAUUGUUUAUUAUUGAUUGCAAAUGCAAUACCCGCAUUUUCACACAGGUGUAUAUUUCUAUCAUUAUUCCCUUAUUUGUAUAUCCAAGUUUGUAUAUGAUCAUCAAUAAAUUUUGAAUUGUGCACUCAAUAUAUCCAACCAGAUGCUAGGUGUAUAUCAUUAGAUUUCCGAUUUCUAUAAACUGCAAAACCUCGACCAGACAAGCAUUCAAUACAGGAAAACAAAUUUCGACUCUGACAUCUCCCCUGAUUGAAAACACCCUGUUUGGCACGGGUGAAGUGUGUCGCAGUCUUUAUAAUGGAACGACAACGUGUUGUAAAGUUCUAACGAGAUCAAAAUGGAGUUUAUCAUUUUGUUUCGUGGAUUCAUCAUUAUAAAGAGAAUCUAAUAUUUUCGGUAAGUGCACAUCUCCGAUACCUGUUGAGUAGACGUCCAUAUUUGAUACGGUUUUUUUUUGGGUGAAUAUGCCAUGUGCAUUACAUAUUAUGCAUAUGGCAUGGAUCUGUAUUUUGCAAUUGAUAUGAAUAAUAGAUUUUAUGCUCUUUGCUUAUUCCAUUCUAUCAGUAUGUAAUUAGCAAAUGAUUUUCCGCAUUUAUUUCAUAAGAAAUUGCAAAUACUUGCAUGCAUUUGCAAGUAUGCAAGAAAAACUCCUAUUUGCAUUUUUGUCAAAAUUAUCUAAACUUUCAGAAUGUUGUAUUGGUAUACAAUAAAUAUUUUGUAAUUUUGAGCAAAGCAUAAUGUUUUGAAAUGUGAUUUUAUUUGUUUUUCAUUCCCUAUAUUUUACUAUCAGAGAGGUGCACUGGUCGAGUCCACCUAGAAAAAUCACUCAGGUGUGACAAUAACAUUUAGGGUAUAUACGGGUAGAGUAAAUUAGGCUACCUGAGAGAAAUAUGGCGGAUAAGAUGAGAAAGGUGUACGUAUUUAUUAAUUCAUGUCAGCUUUAACUCUGCUUCAUAAGAAUAUGAAAACAGGUCAGGUAACAAAGGAACAUAAUACGUGCCCAAGGGAAUUCCAACAGACUGUUGGAAUACCUUAUCACAAAAGACUACAAAGACAUUGUCAAUGAGGAACCCCAGCAUAUGUUUCAACUUCGGAGUACUUGUGCGUGGAAUUAGAGUAAUUUUGUCGAUGACUGAUCACUAGAUAUGAAUAUUUCCUUUUUCAAUUCUUAUUGAAGCAACUAUCUAUGAUGUCAUAAAGUCUAGUCUCUAGUUUAUCGUGAGGAAUGGUCGUGUAAAGUAUUGAACAAUCAUACGUUUUGAUGUUGAUUUAAGAGAGGUUUUGCGAUUUCAAAUUUACUAAAAGUUAUUUAGAACAUUUUAGAAUCCACAUUUUGAUUUAUACCACUUCUGGAAUAUAUAGUGUCACAGUACGUAUACGUUUGAAGUUUCUCCUUCACAAAUGUUAAUAUUUUCGUAAGGAGCAAAGAUAGAGGGUAGGUAGAAUACUUACUGGAUCCGGCAAUGUAUCGUUGUAAGGGUUUUUAUGAAGUUUAGGAAUCCAGAAUACGUACGGUAACUCAUAUUCAUCCGACCCAUUGGCUGGGAUAUUGAAUGUGUCUAAAACUGAAACACGGUUUUGAAGAAUUUCAUCUCUUGAAAGGCAGUUGUUGUAUAUGUAUAAGUUCAAUUACUAAAUGUGGAAUUACUGCAAAUUAAAUCUAAUAUUUUUGUGAAAUAACGUUUAGCAGAUAUUCACAUACAUGCAUUUCCAUAACUCUUGUGGCUUUCUGUGAGAUAUGCUUUCAGAUUCCUCCGACCUUCCAGGAAGUUCUCCUGUGAGAUCGAUUCAGGAUUCUCAUAAAAACAAUCGUCUGAACAAAUUUCCGCUGUCGCUGCUGGUGUCUUCGGCAACUGUAGUUUUCUUCAGCAUAGUCUGUGCUGCUAUCCUGAUACGAUUGAACAAAAGAGUAUACCAACGUGAAUACAAAAAACUGGUAAAUAACUUGCACAUGGCUGAAACAAGAAGAACUGAAGAUGAUCCUGAAUAUGCUUCCUACAACUAUACAGAUUCGAGUAUAUUCAGCAAUAGCCUACGCCAUAGCAAUGAAGAAAACACGUACGACCAUUCGGAACGAGGAAGCUACAACAUCUUAUCUCUAAGAACCAGAUCAUCAAUGGUAAAUGAAAAUGACGAGGGGUGUGAUGUCCCUUCAUGCAGUCAAAAUCUAAAGUCGAAGAGUUGAAUGUCGGGAUAGAACCAGAAUGUUUGAUCAACCUAUUUCACGAGGACGAAGGUCAAAAAGUAAUAUAUACCAAAUGGGAAAAGGAAACUAAUCCUAAAUCACCGACUACAAGUAUCAACAGACCAAAGUCAAGCAUAUGGUGAUAGCGACAUACUGCGUCAUGUCCUGAAAAAGAGGAAUUUCGUGUCUAGUUGUGCCGCGAACAAAGAGAAAGUGGUUAUUUAAAAACCCAAAAUCAUGAAUACAUGCAUGUCUGCAUGUCUGUAUGCUGCAUUACGUUUCAUAGGAGGAUGUUGCUUUUGAUUGGAAUACAUGAUUAGAAGUCCAUACAAUAAAAACAUGAUUGAGUUUGCCUCUCAAAAACAAAUCUCAGAAAUCUUGUACACGUAACUUUAGUACAGUUUUUGAUAAUUCCAAUAUUUGAAGAAUCUAGGUACAUACAUGUAUCUAUGAAGGAAAAUUAAAGUGAUAUUCCAUCUCAUCUCCACUUGUGUACAUGUAUCAUAUCAUUCUAAGACAAAAGAUUUGUUUGAUGUUAUCUUUGGCGUAACAUGAAAAACACUUUUUGUCUUAUCAGCCAUAAUAAAAGUCACGGUGGUGACAAAGUACAACAUACACCAUGGCUUGUUAUUCAUAUUCGAUUUGUAAAAAUUGGAGGAUAAUGGUGGAUAUAUGUGUUCUAUGUAACAAUACAAACAAUCGAGAUUAUUUGAGUUUAUAUCAAAUAGUCCGUAUUAAUUUUGAUACACCCUAUAGGUUGGGUCUACGUGACUUUAGCGGCUAGAUGGUACAAGUUAAUUUGCAUGCACUACGUCACACUCGGUACUCCCUGUGAUCGAACCGAUUCAUUACACUUUUUCCAACCGAAGCAGCAAUGUGGCUCUUGUAUUUGAGGCGGAAACCAAGCACGUGGCCGAGUUUUUUCUCCCCUUUUUUGGAUUUAUUCCCUACACAUAGGUUUUUGACAAUUUUUUCCUGCAUUAGGAAUGCCACCUAAAAAACGAGCAGCGACUCAGAGAUCCACGGCCAGGGGGGUCGGGAUGAAACGUAAUCGUCGGAAAACAGCUCAACUCUGGGAACGAAGUCCAAAUCACACGGCCACACCUUGGACGGAUCGACUAGCCCCUGCAGAUGGGCAGCCAAAGCCCCCUGAGGAGGUCCCUCGAUUCCCAAUCGAUAAUACACCGGAUAACCCGGGUGAGUCUUGCAAUUUUUUGUUGGACCAAACGGCAUAUUUACCCUUGGCUUUACCUUGUCAAAUUACAUCUACAUGCGAUGAUAUCGGCAGUCAUGUCCCACUUAAACUCAAGCAAAAAAUAUGGGAGGGGGGGGGAUUUAUUGAUCUGUCUGUCCUACUCAAAUCGGCUACGGAAUUGGAGCAAUUUGAGUCCCACGGGGAUUUACAACUUGUCAAUGGCAAGCUAUGCGUAGUCAAGCGCAAACUUAACUCCUUUUUGAGCAUAGAAAAGUCGACAUCAGCCUUCAUGAUUUACAUGAGCAUUGUACUUCAACAUAGUCAAACGGCCCAAGAAAUGCUUAAGUACAUGCGAGAUAUAAGGCUUGCAGCUAAUCGUUCACAAAAUUGGCAAAAGUAUGACGAGCAAUUCCGACUCCGUAAGGCCUCCAACCCUGCUAUGUCUUGGGGCAAAAUUCACAGCGAAUUCUGGUUGAUGUACAUAACAACCAAUCAAAUUUCUCUCAUCCCUAGAAGGUGUCAAGCGGUUUAUAGGUGUCUCAAUAUAUCAAGAAUUCCUAUAUCUUACCAAUUAUUUGUUAAAAUCUUUCGUGCUUUAACAGCAGUAUGUCGCUCGCCUUUUUUUUUCAUCAUGUUUUAUUUUUUCAGCAGUCUUUUCAUUGGCAUUUUUACGGUUUGCGCAGUCAGUAAUUUUUGUCAUCGUCGAUUCCACAAGUUUCUCAAAACCAGCUAGGUCAAGUGUUGGUAUUUUCACCUAGGUCCAAGACCAACCAAACCGGCAAACCCCUAGUUUGUCAAAUUAUCUGCCCAACACUACCAAUUAAGGCAUAUUUAUAGCCCCCCUCCCAUUACUUAUAUAUUGCUCUUUUCAUGCGGAUGGCACUCCUACGACACGUUUUCAGUACCUAGAAGAUAUAGGCAUGUUGACCAUAGUUGCAUGAUAAAAAUUCAUGGCUAACCAGGUUAGAGGUUUGUACAUUGGACACAACCAUGUCAUCAAGGCUACUGAGAUUGAGUUGUUCCGAACAGAUGGCACUCAUCUGUAUGUUGGUCCUGGGAAAUCAAUUAUUUCUCAACAAUAUCAAGGAAUUUUUUUCUUCUUCAAAUGUCAAGGUUUUUCUUACCUGCCGCACAAGUAAUUUAUCAUUUCGUGCUUGUUGCUGUUUGCCAAUUGUUUUUUCGUGGGGGACAUUGUUCCAAUGUCUGUGGCCGAACUGGGGAGUCGGUAAUGGUAUGUGAUGACUGUUUCUGUUCCAAAACCUGGUUGUUUCCCCCACCUGCUUCUAAAGCAGGGGGCAAUUUACAGUACUAAAAGUCGUAAAAGUUAAAACAAGUAAACUAAUAGUCGGGCCACCACCGGGGACAGUUGGGCCCACAUCCAUCUCACUUCAGUGAGGGGAUGCUACAGUCUGAUGCAUGUUUGGGACUUAUGUCCAACAUGAUAAUGUACAUACCAGGUAGCACUGCAGGAGACAGGGUGAGAAGGGCGGGUCUCGCUUACCUCCUUAGAACGCUGGCGUCCGUUCAGGUCUGGGCACUGAAUGUUUUACUCGGUCCCCCCAGUGUACCCCUUACAAGUUAAGUUAAACUGGCUCACUGGGCGACUCCCCAUUUUCACAUGCGGCCGAUAUUGUCCAUUUCAGUAUAUCCCGAAUGUGUCAUUGCUGUUAUAUGAAUAAAUUGGUAAACGUUGCUUAUGUCUGUUAUUCACUGCAAUGAGUCAUGGACUGUUAUUACAGCCAGUUUUUUUGUUUUAUCUAUCAGGCGGAUUCUUUAAUUAAUCGAGAUUAUUUGAGUUUAUAUCAAAUAGUCCGUAUUAAUUUUGAUACACCCUGUAGGUCGGGUCUACGUGACUUUCGCGGCUAGAUGGUACAAGUUAAUUUGUAUGCACUACGUCACACUCGGUACUCCCUGUGAUCGAACCCAUUCAUUACACUUUUUCCAACCGAAGCACCCACCCACCCUCACCCAAUUUUAAUUUGUAUAUACAUGUUCUUUCCUUUUGGUUCUGCUGUUUCCUUCUCUUUCAUAGGUUUCGCAACAGACGAAGACUCCCAACAGGUUACCUGGAUAAAGUAAAUGGUAAAGCCUGGACCACACCAAGUGUGACUGCAUUGCCAUUCGAGAUGAAGUGCCUUAAUAACAACUUUUUUAAAUGUUAAGGGGGAAUUUUUAAUUUUAAGGCAAAUUGUUGAUACAGUGUAUUUGAGUCUAAUUAAUUAGACUGUCGCAUCUUUA